AAACCCUUUCCCCCCAUUUCCCUCUCCCUCUCUCUCUCUCUCUCUCUCUCUCUCUCUAUCUACACCUCACUUCCUCCUCCCCUACUACCCUACCCUUCCGCGACCUCUCCCAUGGCGGAUUCGAUCGAGCUCCUGUUCAAUUCCUUGCCGGCGAGGCCUCAAUCUCUAGCACGGACGCGGAGCCAUGUAUGGAACCCUCUAUUUAAGCCCCCUGGUGUUGUGAGGUUACCGGAACCGCGGUUGGGGAAGCGCGGGGCCGCGCUGUGCUGCGGAGCCCUCGAUUCGAAGAAGGCGGCGGAGGGGGACGUGUUCUCGGUGACCUCGUCGAGCAAAUCGGUUGUGGAUUAUCUCGGCGAGAGCACUAAAGGGGAUUUGAAUGUGAAGGAGGAGCAUUUGGAAGCUUUUGGUGUGGAUGGUCAGGCGACUUUAGACGGCCCUAUAGAAGAGAUAGCAUGGAAAGAAGCUCAAGAAGCAGAUACUUUGCUUAACAAGUUGGGGAUUGCGGAUCCAUUGUCAGUAAGACAUUCUCCUCACGGAAUAUUCUGUAGCAGGACUCUAAAUCUCCGAUCUAUCAGUGCCAUUGGAUACGAUAUGGACUACACAUUGGUUCACUAUAAUGUUAUGGCUUGGGAAGGGCGUGCAUAUGAUUAUGGAAUGGCCAACCUUAAGGGAAUGGGUUUUCCUGUAGACGACCUCAAGUUCGAUCCUGAUUUGGUUAUUAGAGGCCUCAUAAUGGACAAGGAGAAGGGGAACUUGGUUAAGGCUGAUCGAUUUGGCUAUAUUAAGAGGGCCAUGCACGGUACCAAAAUGCUUUCAACUCGUGAAGUAAGUGAGAUAUACGGGAGAGAACUGGUUGAUCUGCGGAAGGAAAGUCGAUGGGAGUUCCUUAAUACCCUUUUCUCUGUUUCAGAAGCUGUGAUGUACAUGCAGAUGGUUGACAAGUUGGACCAAGGAGUAGUGCCAGUGGAACUUGGGCCACUUGAUUAUAAGGGGCUUUUCAAGGCUGUUUCGAAAGCCCUUUUUAGAGCACAUGUUGAAGGUCAACUUAAGAGCGAGAUAAUGGCUGAACCAGAAAGAUUUGUUGAGCCCGAUCCAGAACUCCCUCUAGCUCUUCUAGAUCAAAAGGAGGCCGGCAAACGCUUACUUCUUAUUACAAACUCAGACUACCAUUAUACAAAUAAAAUGAUGCAUCAUGCGUUCAAUCGGUUUCUUCCUAAUGAUAUGGGAUGGAGAGAUCUGUUUGACAUGGUUAUAGUUUCUGCAAGGAAACCAGAAUUUUUCCAAAUGUCACAUCCUUUGUAUGAGAUUGUAACAAGCGAUGGAUUAAUGCGCCCCUGUUUUAAAGCACGCUCAGGUGGCUUGUACUCCGGCGGAAGUGCACAGAUGGUAGAGAAAUGUCUAGAUAUUCAUGGCGAUGAAAUAUUAUAUGUUGGUGACCAUAUUUUCACAGAUGUCAGCCAAUCCAAAGUUCAUUUGCGAUGGCGGACAGCUUUAAUUUGUCGAGAAUUAGAAGAUGAGUUUAAUGCACUAAUCAGAAGCCACAGUCACAAAUCAGCACUUGUACAGUUUAUACAACAAAAAGAAAUUGUAGGAGACCUCUUUAAUCAGCUACGUCUUGCUUUACAACGAAGGACACAUAGUCGCCCGGCUCAGACUCUGGCUGCGACUAACAUGGAUGAUCAGGAAUUAACUGAAAGCAUGCAAAAGCUGCUGAUCGUCAUGCAAAGAUUAGAUCAGAAAAUCGCGCCAAUGUUAGAAGCAGAUGGGGAGUUGUUCAAUAAAAGAUGGGGUUACCUGUCGCGUGCCGGCCUGUGGGAUAAGAGCCAUCUUAUGAGACAAAUUGAAAAGUAUGCCGACAUAUACACAUCCAGAGUUUCCAAUUUCUUACACUAUACACCAUUCAUGUACUUCCGCUCACAGGAACAGACGUUAGCACACGAUGCGCACUCGUACUCUUCAAGAGAGAUUAAUGGAGUUGCUGUCGGCGAUGUGCGCUGACCUAUUUUUCGAGUUUGUCGGCUGACGACAAUGAUAAUAUAGAAAUGAAAAUGUUUACACAGCUCGAGUUUGUAUUCAAUUAAAAUGUUGGCACUUAAGCGCUUUAUUUGGGGGAAUAAGUACCAGGUUCUAGUGUUGUUCCUUUAUGAUGCAUCAACUGUAAAUAUGCUGACUACGCUCAUCUAAUCUAACUUUUUACGGAGAGGCGGUCAACAUGUUCCUGAUACCUCAAUAGAGAAUAUGCAAUAAUUGAAAAUACAUUAUAUUUACAUAUAUUAAAAUUUACAUGA